ACUUUCACUUCUUCUCAAAAACCAUCCUUAACCACUUCUCAACAUUAAUCAAUCACCAAAUCAGCAAACAUUUCAUCAUCAUCCAUCAAAACUAUCAAUCUAAGGAUCCAGUUUACAAUUCAAUAUAUAUCAUCAUACACUCAAUUCAAAUCUAAUCAAAACAAGAAGAUUCUAAACUUAUUCAAUAGUGCAUCAUAUCUUCAAAACACUCGAUCAUCGAGACCGAACUCAUCAUUCAACCCACCCUUCGACUUUCUUCUCAUCAUGAUUCUUUCUAGGACGAUCAUCAGCCCUCUUACUCUUCUUACUCUCGUAUCUCAACUAAUCGCUUCUCCAGACCUUUGGCCACAACAACAACAACCUGCUCAACUUCAUAUUCGUCAAGCUGUCAAUCCUGCAGCUACUCCCGCUCCUGCUGCAGGUAAUAAUGCCAAUAACAAUAAUAACAACGCGAACAAUGCUAAUAACGCUAAUAAUGGAAACAAUGCAAAUAACGCUAAUAAUGCAAACAAUGCAAAUAAUGCGAACAAUGCGAACAACGCCAAUAACGCUAACAAUGCAAACAACAACGCCAAUAACGCAAACAAUGCUCAAAAUCAAGCCAAUCGACCCGCAACCGGUCUAAUCACAAGUGCCAAUCCAGUGGCGACCGUAUCAUCUUAUUCACCUCCCUUUGAUUCUCCUGCCGGAGGACUCACAUAUACUCAACCACCUGCAACAGCAGCAGCAUCGUAUUAUAAGAUAGCCGAGAACAAUGCGUUAACCUUUGGUUGGAAUUACACCAAUAUUCUUUCUUAUGGGAACUCGAUCACCAUUGCAGCAUUUUGUUCACUUAAUAAGAUCACCUAUACAAUCACUACCAUGGCUGCUACUGCUACGGCUCUUACAUGGGAUCCUUAUGCUCAACAACAAUCUCCGGGCUAUCCUCCUUUUGCGGUGGCUACUUAUACUAUGCAAAUUUAUGAUGAACGCGGUCCGACAGCUGGGCCUACACCUGGUCUUUUAUCUCCUAACUCGGCACUUAAGUUUGCUAUGUAUAAACCUCAACCUUAUACACCUCUAGCAUCUUGGACAUGUUCAACUUGUUCGGCAGGUGUUUCACUUUCACAUUAUUCUCCUAUCAUCUUAGCAUGUACAGCUACACUAGUCACAGCUAUAGCAGGUGGAUGGUUUGGAGUCUUGGCAGGAAUCCGAUGA